AUGGCGAACAGGGAAGAUGUAGAUAGGAGAUCGAAGAAGCGAAUCGUCAUCAUCAGCCUAUCUGCAUUUUUAUUGAUGGCAAUGGUGAUGGCGGUGGCAGCUGGUUUCAUCAUGGAAAAGGGUUUCUACAAUAGUCCAGUCAGUGGCAGCAAGGGUAGCUCCCAUGACAAGUCAGCCUCAAUGAAAGCAAUCAAAACCAUUUGCCAGCCAACCGAUUACAAGCAAGAAUGUCUCGACAGCCUCAGCUACGCCUCCGGAAACACCACCACCGAUCCAAUAGAGCUCAUUGAAUACGGCUUCAAGGUUGCAAUGAAGUACGUAACCGAUGCUGCCAAAAAAUCCGACUUCUUGCGAAAGCUCGAGAAGGAUCCCCGAACCUCCAAUGCCCUCGACGCGUGCGAAGAGCUUAUGGAUUUGGCGCUUAGUGAGCUCAGGCAGUCGCUUGUGCGACUAGGGUACAUCGAUGAUUUUACAAAGUUUAAUGAAAUGUUGGUGGAUUUGAAGGUUUGGCUUAGUGCUACAAUCACUUAUCAAGAAAGCUGCUUGGAUGCUUUUGAGAAUACUACUAGCUCUACUGAUGCAGCUGAGGAGAUGAAGAGUGUGUUGAAUACCUCUAUGCAUUUGAGUAGCAAUGCCCUUGCCAUGGUAUCUCAAGUAUUUUCAGCCUUCACUGACUUGAACAACCCUGAUUCUAGCCACCGCCGCCUCCUCCAAUUUGAUGCAUUCCCUGUUAUUGGUCACAGUGAAUUUGAAGACCCCAAGUGGUAUGAAGGUGGAGUCAGGAAACUCAGUUCUGCUCCGAAAAUUAAUAAGCCCGACAUCAUUGUGGCAAAGGAUGGAAGUGGAAGCUACAAGACCAUCACUGAGGCGCUAGACCAUGUCCCCAAGUAUGGCAAUGAAACCUUUAUCAUCUACAUCAAGGAAGGAGUAUAUAAUGAGCAUAUCCUGGUUACCAGGAGCAUGACGAGCGUGAUGAUGAUCGGAGAUGGCGCAAAUAAGACUAGGAUCACCGGAAACAAGAACUUUGCAGAUGGCACGCCCACCUACCAUACUGCCACCGUUGCUAUUCAGGGAGAUCAUUUCAUGGCAAGGGAUAUAGGGUUUGACAACUCUGCUGGUCCGGAGAAACAUCAGGCUGUUGCAUUGAGGGUGAGUGCUGACGAGGCAAUCUUCUACAGGUGUUCAAUGGACGGGUACCAAGACACCCUUUACACACACGCACAACGCCAAUUCUACUGCGACUGCACCAUCUCCGGCACCAUAGAUUUUGUUUUUGGUGAUGCAACUGCAGUCUUCCAAAACUGCACUUUCUUGAUCCGCAAGCCAUUGCCAAACCAGUCUUGCAUUGUGACAGCUCAAGGCAGGAAAGAACGGCGCCAGCCAUCUGCAAUCAUCAUUCAAAACAGCACAAUCACUGCCGAACCUGAUUACUUCCCUGUCAAGGAUGAGAACAAGGCAUAUCUUGGUCGUCCAUGGAAGGAGUAUUCAAGAACAAUCAUCAUGGACUCAUACAUUGAUGACGUGAUCCAACCGGAAGGUUGGUUACCUUGGGAGGGUGAGUGGGGGCUAAAGACAUGCUUCUACGCAGAGUCAGGCAACACAGGCCCUGCUGCUAACAAGGCAAGGCGCGUGACAUGGCGCGGGAUCAAGCAGAUUACUGAAAAUCAUACUGCAGAUUUCACACCCGGUAGGUUCUUCAGGGGUGAUAAGUGGAUUAGGCUCUCAGGUGUUCCUUAUAUCCCCGGCCUGACCACUAGCAACAAAUCGAAAACUGCAACUACAAGGACUCCAUCCUUCUCGAAAGGCACCUAA